AUGUAUCUUGAUACGGUAUUUUCGCGUCUCUGCUGCCCCUGCCCCAGCUCCCCCGUAGAUACCUGCUACGCCCAGCUUCGUCUUUACGGGGGACCAGGCUGCUUCCGCCAGAACUGGGGCGAGCUGGGAGUUUACGGCAAGUAUAUGAAUGUAUACAACAAUUUCAGCAAUUUCACUGUUCAGUCUGUGAGCUACGACUUAGCCAACAACUACACCUGUAAGUAG